AUGUCACUCAAGAUGUUGGUUCUUACUCCGAUGAAAAUAAAGAAUCCUGGAAAACAUUUUGUCUUCCACGACCUUUCAUCAAUCAAGGAUUUCUAUGCUAAAUACGCUCAUGUAAAGGGAUUUUCUUUGAGAAGAAAUCUGCACUCCUUCUAUGAUUCUCGUAACAAAAAAACUGACAUUGUGCAAUAUGUCCGUUAUGUUUGUAAAAAGCAUUGUUUCAAGCAUGGGAGUCGGGCGGAUCCUAAGAACAAGACAAACUCGGAUACUCCUGUUCUCAUUGAAUUUCAAAAAGAUAAAGAACUUCCCGAGGAAAGGACUGGUUGCCCAGCUAGUAUUUUGUUGAAGUAUGAUUCCAAUAGUAAAGGUUAUCAGAUAUACAAAUGGAAUGUUCCUCAUAACCACCCUCUCCAUAAACCCGAGCAUUCACAUUACGCGAGAUCAUCUCGAGAUAUUAGUGAGCCUAAAAAAAAACUUGCUAUAAUAAAUUCGAAAGCAGGCAUGUCUAUAAGAUCCUCCUUUCUAGUUAUGCGUCAAAUAGCUGGUGGUUCAAAGAACCUUGGGUAUUGCUUCCAAGAUUUAAAGAACUUUCUCACCACUUUUUGA